UUCUUAAGAAAAAAAAGCCGCCGGUUUUGUUGGUUGGUUAAGCAUGGUUCUGGAUUAUAAUUUACUUUUGUUUUGAAUGUAGAUAUUUGCUUUGAAAUCGUCUUUUUUAAUCGAGAGUCAAGGUUUUCAAUAUGAAUUUAUUCUAGUAUUCAAUACAUGAUGUAGUUCUAUUCAAUUGUUCGUGGAAUAUUAUUUUACAGUAUUUUUAACCUCAUUUUUGUAACUCGGGGCAUAAACCUCUACUUUGAAGCAGUCGAGAAAUCUUUACCACACACUAUGAUGGACCUUAUGAUUAUCAUGCCAAUUACCGCUGCUUUGUCAGUAGUUUUUCUAAUUUUACUCAAGAUUUAUCUGAGAAUAAGAGAAUAUUUUCCUGUGUCGGUUAACUGUUGGUUUUGCUGCAAAAGGUCGAAGGUUCCAUUUGGGGAUGCAAAUUCAUGGGAUUGCAAGAGUUGCAAUCAGUACAAUGGUUUCUUGGAGGAUGGGGAUUAUAAUCGGUUAAUACCAGCUCAGUAUGAUGAACUUUUGAAUGUGCCUCGUUUUGCUUCGAAUGCACGCGAGCAGUACAGUGGAAUGCGCAGUUCACCCACACUGUGUGCGAACUGCAACAGUAAUCAGCAGAUGAAAAUUGCUCAACUAGCCAUGUUCAUGCCCUUCAACCCAAACAAUUAUGACAAGGAGAUUGAAAAAUAUAGUGAACAAUUGGAAAAGAUUUAUGGAAUUUGUAGCUCCUGUGAAGCUACAGUUGCAGAAGUGAUGAAAAAGCAGAAUAAAUUGUACGGCCUGAAAUUUCCAAAUUCGAAUAAGAACAAGCCAAUCUCCAAGGUGCCUCCAGUCACUGCAGUGAAACGGCCAAUAUUGCUCACUUACUACGCGACCCUUCUGCUGUGUGCGGUUUUAUUUUACAGUUCGACUAGAAAUAUCUCACAGAUCGUUUCAAUUGAACAUUUUAUUAUUGAUCAGAUACAAAAAUCAAUAAAACUUUUACCCAACUUCGGCUUAGUGGAAGAAAAGCUGCAAAUCAUUUCACUUUUGGUAAUGAACAACUUAAACAUACUUUACACAUGGCUCCCUUCACAUUUAAUGAAUUAUAUGAACGAUUCGAAGGAUUUUUUCAUGAUUGGAACUCUCAUUAUUGUUCAAGUAUUUGAGCUGCUUAGAUUCAGAAAUACUAUCAACCUUCUCAAUACAGGCACAUGGAUUAUAUUGUUGUCUCUGAAAAUCUCUGGUACUGCUCCAGCAUAUUUGAUAUCUAUAAUGCAGAUGAUGGUAUCUGGUGUCUUCAUCUAUGUAAGCGUUGGAAGCCUUCGAAAGGAGAAACAUAUAAGAUUGAGAUUGAAGAUGCGGAAAGGAAAAUUGAAGAAAACUGUGCCGAAGAAAUCAAUCGGAGUUAUCGAAGCCAAAGCUCCCCCCACAAGCUUAAAUGAUAGUGCAAAAAUGAAGACUGAUCAGAAAAAUAAUGCAUUGAUGAGUGAGACAACCACUGCCAAAUCUCCCUCAUCAGUCUGCUCACCAAAACUCUCGAAUCCUCAGAUGGAUUCGUCAAUUUUGAAAGCCCACAAAUCUCCUUCAUCUGUUUACUCAACGAACAUCUCGCAAAAUGAAUCACCGAACUUGAAACCGAGAUCCCACAACGACUUUGGUAUCUCGGAUCUGAGCCUAGGACCAUCCUCUCAAGCUGGCUCCGUCAAGAACCAUCUGAACUCGGAGCCGCGACCCUAUUGUGGCCGAAUCAACGAUCACAUCUGGGCGAGAAGCACUGUUUUGUCGCCUUCGAGGCUCAACAUGGACACCGUUGACUCUCCUUUCACCACUAGUGCUUCGCCUCCUCGGUCCAUGAAUGACAGCAGCGGUCGUGGAUCAAUCGCCAGCAACCAACACGAAGACUCGGUUUGUGGUGACAGAAUCUACGACAAAUUCACUCCGACCGUCAAGCUCACCGUGGCCAAUAUGGCGGCCAACCAACAAUUCACCUCUCCCCACCAAAGAAACUACUACAACAUGUUUCCUCCAUCUGAAUUCAGCUACCCAGCAGCCAUGUCUCACUACCAAUUCACACAGCUGCAACGAAGCUUUUCCCCUCCAAACUCCACCAUAUUUCUCAACAACCCCCCCUCUCCUCCCACCAAUUCGUUGCUACCUUAUUCCCCUCUUCCCUUGUUUCCUUCGUCGUUCCCUCCUCAAUUCCCAGCCACUUCUUCUCACCUUCCCAGCCUAACCGAAGCUGCAACUAGUAGUAAGUACAGUUUUUUUCAUAACAUUGUUUUCCCAGCUUUAGUUGUGGUACUGGUAGCCUGCAAUCUGUCGCUGUUGGGUUUGGUUUACUAUCGGGAGAUAUCUGUCAAGAAUACCACAGCUUAAACGUCUUUCCGUAAAAUGUACUAGCCCAUCAUUCAUCAAAUACUGAUUAUUGGAUUCGUCAUCAAUCAUUGCUGCAUAAUUUACCAGUAUAAUUGUUAAUCGAUGAAUGCAUAAUGUACUAGUAUAUCAGUCAUAAAUGAUAAUUAUCUGAUCGUCAUCAAUGACUAUUUACAUCACAUAAUACUGUCAUGAAUACUGAUUAUCAAAUAUACACAUGAUAUACGAUCUAGAAAGGUACAUCCUAUAUUUCAUGAUAUACUGGUAUAUUAUCAUUUUUAAAUACUGAUUCAUCAUGAAUUGUGGCUCGGAGCUACUGAUUUAGUCCAUCCUCGUUUUAAUUAGAUUAUCAUCAUUGAGUCUCGCCGAAAUAUGUGUUGCAAAACGUUAUUAACAACAUUAAAAAAUCGUGCUAUCAUAAUAUAUCAUUUUUUUACCUUGUGAUAAAAUUAAUUAUGUAACUAAAGAAUAGAAUUAUUCAUCGAUUUGAAAUUAACAUUGUCUAAACUCACUGCCCAACAUAACGUGAACUGUAAUAUAGGUUGUAUUAGUUGUGCGCUUAUCAUAGUAAUUAAGUUUAGUGAGAUUGAGUAACGACUUGUUUGACGUAUUUGUUUGCAUUAUACUUGUAAUUUAUUUAUUUAGUGUUAUAGAACUUGUUAUUAUAUAAUAUAUAUUUCAUUUUUGCCUCUUCUGUUAUGAUCUUAGUGAACGUGGGUUUAUAUUGUACACAUUGAAUAGUCAACUCAUUAGUCUAAAUCCUUGAGAAGCUUAUAAAAUAUGUUGUGGAAUGAAAUUGCUGGAAAAUUUCGUUUUUAUCGUAAUUGAAGUGGUUCAUAGUAUGGAACAGUAAGCUUUUGAUAACAAUUUUCGAAAGAAAUAUAGUGAAAUACUUGAAGAGCUAUUUAAAUAUGUUUCAACACCUAUAGGAAAUUAAAUCAAUAAGAAGGUAAACUAUUGAAUAUAAAAGCCUUGUUCUGAAAAGUAUGUAGGUCCUCUUGUAUGAUCCAAAUCAGAAUAGCAUUUCUUCAUUACUAAACAACUGUUGUAGUAUUAUACUUCCCAUUUUAUUCACUUAGUUAGUUUUCAAAGAGUGUUAUUAAUAUUAUGCUUGCAAAAUCACCCGGUAUGUGAUAUACGGUGAACUAGAUAAUAUGAAGUUCAUUGGAGUUAUUCAUGUCAAACCUCAUGAUCCCACUGAAUAAAUCAUGUUUCCUUUCGAAAUGUUUCAUGUAAUUUAUUCGAGUGAUAUCAAAUCUUUAAAUCUGAUAUAAUUUGAUCCUUUUAGUAGUAAUAUUGACCAGAGUUGUUCAAACCAAAUGUGUUUAUAUUGAAAUCUUUUUGACGAGAGUCCUUCACCACUGGUUGAUGUUCUAAUGGUUCUGCAGGUUUAGAAUCUAAAAACUUACAUUCAGUUCCUAUCCAAUUUGGAUUAUUACUCAGUGUUUAAGAUGAAUUUUGUAUCUGUUUUGUUCAUUUGAAUUACUUAUAGAAUUAGUAAUAAAUUCUAGUAUUAUGCUCAACAAGUACAACAAACAGUCUUCAACUAAAUUUUUAAAAAAUCUACAUUUUUCACUCUUUUUUAAAAAUAUUAUGCUGUUAAUUCACAUAUUUCACAUAAACAUAUUACAAUAUCCUUAUUGAAUUGAAAUUAAUUAUACAUUUUUAAUCGAUUUUUACUCAUCUAUUAUAUUACAAGUUAUCUAGGAAGGUCAUGAAAUGGUGAAUUAAAUUUUAUUUUAAUUGUUGAAAAACUUGAACAUUUCAGUAAUUGGAUGGUUACCUUUUAUUUUGUUUUUCCUGUAAUAAAGAAUUUUUCAUCAAAA